AUCAGGCAAGAAACAAAUAAAUAAAUAAAUCGCGAAACUCGACAACCCUUAUCAAAACAAAAUAUAAACCAGCUGGGAGAGCUAUGAGUUUUGAUGAUUGUGAUGAGUUCAUUCAAAACAAACUAUUUCGAACAAGGGGGAAAUGCGCAAUAUAUGCCCGACAAACCGAUGUGUUCGUAGCCGUGAAGGAAAAGUCACUGCAGCCACGAGCCACUGCAGCGACUUUGGCCAUGGCGGAGGGCAACAGCAACAGCGGGAUCAGCGUAAGGCAUGACAUUUGGUUUCACAUCUCUAUGCAUAUUGAGCCGGAGGACGUGCAGACCUUCGCCUUGAUUUGCAAGCAAACUUCCCGACUGGUCAACUCCAGAGCCUUCUGGCGCAAUUUGUACAGGCGCUACUGCCUAGGAGGAACGUCCGGUUGGAAUUUGGAUCUGCCCGCACAGCUUCAGCUGGAACAGAUACGCAACUGUGAUACCCGUGCCCUGAGAUCCCUAGUCAUCGAGGCACUCUUCCACUGCCACAGACCACUUAAGAUUCGCAUGGAGCUGGGCUACAGCCUAGAUUGGCUUCUGCAACGCAUCUUUGUUUCGUGCUGGCAGAAGCAGUAUCAGUGCUUGUGGAUCAUGUGUUAUAAGUUCUGGAAUCGCCUCAACCAUGAUCGUCAGCCCAGUGAAUCGGAGGCGCCAGCGCCCGCGGAAGUGGUAACCAAUUGGGAGUCUCUGGCUGAGGAGGAUACAGCAAAAGUGGUCCCUGCUCAGGCAAAUCCCAACGAGGGAGUCGUCCUUCUCAUAGUGCUCUGCCGCCGUUUUGUGCCCACGCCUAAGCAACUAUCCUACAGCCAGCACCAGGCUCGCUACCGUCUGAAGGCCACCCGGGAACUCCUCUGCACGGAUAUGCGGGCCAAAAACCUGGAGCUAGACUUUGGCGAGGAGGGUAGCCUGAAUGUAUCUGUCACUGUCAAGUACGCUCGCAUCGAGAAGUACAAGGUGUUGCCCUGGUGGCAUCCAGAUUUCCAGAGAUUUUUGAAAUAAAAUUAAACGAUAACUCUA